GCGCUGCUGACGCUGCCGGUGCUGCGCAUGCUGCACUACGCCAUGCCGUUCGCGUCGUCCUUCGCCCUGCUCUGCGAGUCCGUGCGAUUCCUCAUGAAGUCACACGCCUUCGUGCGCUCCAACACGCCGCGAGCGCUGGCCGAGGGCGUCGUCCCCGCCUUCCACAAGUUCCUGUACUUCAUGUUCGCGCCCACGCUCGUGUACAGCGACUGGUACCCCAGAACCGAUUUUUUGACGGGCCGGUCACCGAACGUCCGCUGGCGCUUGGUGGCCUACCACUUGCUGGAGGUCGUGGGCUGCCUGUUCUACAUCAGCUUCCUCGUACAGCGCUACCAUCUGCCCGUGUUCCGCGACUUCGGCCUGCGUCCCCUGACCCCCCUGGAGGGUGCCUCCGCCGUGCUGUCCACCGUGCUGCCGUCGGGGAUGGUCAUGCUCUGCUACUUCUACCUGCUACUGCAUGCCUGGCACAACGCCUGGGCCGAGAUGCUGCGCUUCGGGGACCGCAUGUUCUACCUGGACUGGUGGAACCAGGGGUCCUUCGCCGCCUGGUACCGCACGUGGAACGUCCUGAUAAAUGACUGGUUGUACGCUUACGUGUACAAGGACGUCGUCCUCCUCGGCGGUAGCCGCCUGGCGGCGAAGGCGAUCGUCUUCUUCCUCUCCGCCGCGGUGCACGAGUUCCUCAUGGGGUUCACGCUGCGCCUCUUCUACCCCGUGACUUACUUUUUCUUCGGUAUCAUAGGAUUUUUGAUGUCGUUUUUGAAUUUUGGCUCGACAGCGGUGGGAAACAUAGGACUGUGGCUGUCGUUGUUCAUUGGCGACGGCUUGCUGUUCAGCUUAUAUGCUAUGGAAUACUACGCCCGUCAAAACUGCGAGCAAAUCAUUGAUUCGUCACGGGAUCUCUUCAUUCCACGGUCCUGGAGUUGCGUGCCAAUUGCCUCCAAGACGUGAGCUACUUCGGAUCAUCCUGCUAAUCAACCGUAUUAAGACUGCGAGCGUCGAAUGUGGUACGAUGGUCCCCUCGACCAGGCCACGAAGUUUCGUGCAACAGCGCAACGUAUCUCCAACAGUCCAAGAAGCUGCAGAACUGUCCAUAAGGGUGCAACAGUUCGCGAAUAAGGCGCAACUACGCCGAACCGCCAUGCUGCCGUCGGCUGGAGCGUAACGGCGUGGCACCCCGGAGCUGGCGGGAUGGGGGUGGGGUGGGGUAGGGGAGCAAGACGCUGUCGCUAGUGCAGCAGUACGUCCACUGUAAAUUGUUGCUUACGAACAAUGCCAACUAAAACCUUCGUAGCUCGCGAAGGAUUUUGAAGCGUUGUAUAACGAUCUUAUUGUUCGUUUGCGUACGAACUAAUGGCUCGUAAUGCAAACCGAUUGUUCUUAAGAACAUUCAUAGCUUUAAAAACAAUUUCUUUGCAAUUCAAAGAAUGUAAAUAAUUCGUGACGUGUUGCAAAGCAUUUAGUUCGCAAGCAGUUUACAGUGUAGCGCCUGCCCUGCCUCCUGCCACACGUGCCCUGCUUUUCUAUGCUUUAGUCACCCUAAUAUGUGAUAGAUUUUUGAUACUUUAUUCUCUGUCCCUGUUGAGGGUGGUUUUAAAAAGAAAAACAUCGAUUACCUCUCAAAAA